AGUAAGCGGCAACUGAUGACUGGAGCUUCUAAUUACCACAAGUUCCGGCAAGCCCCCCCGGCCACUUCCGCUAGCAACCUCGCGUCAGCCAGCCCCAACUACGGAUCCCGAUGGACUCCGCGCGGCACGUCACGCCGUCAGCUCCAGCCAAUCGGCUUCGGACAAGUAGGAGGGGAGGGAGACGCAGAAGCAAGCAAGAUGGCGGCGGCGGCUGCUCAGGGAGGGAGAACUGGUGGUGGUGGAGGCAGUAGUGGGGCUGGCAGUGGUUCCAGCUGUGGGACAAGCAGUAGCCGCAGCGGCUUGCUGGACAAGUGGAAGAUUGAUGAUAAGCCUGUAAAAAUUGACAAAUGGGAUGGAUCAGCUGUGAAAAAUUCUUUGGAUGAUUCUGCCAAAAAGGUACUUCUGGAAAAGUACAAGUAUGUGGAGAAUUUUGGUCUAAUUGACGGUCGCCUCACCAUCUGUACCAUCUCCUGUUUCUUCGCCAUAGUGGCUUUGAUUUGGGAUUAUAUGCACCCCUUUCCAGAGUCCAAACCUGUUUUGGCUUUGUGCGUUAUAUCCUAUUUUGUGAUGAUGGGGAUCCUGACUAUUUAUACCUCAUAUAAGGAGAAGAGCAUCUUUCUCGUGGCCCACAGGAAAGAUCCCACAGGGAUGGAUCCUGAUGAUAUUUGGCAGCUGUCGUCCAGUCUCAAAAGGUUCGAUGACAAAUACACUCUGAAGCUGACCUUCAUCAGCGGAAGAACAAAGCAGCAACGGGAAGCCGAGUUCACCAAAUCCAUUGCUAAGUUUUUUGACCACAGCGGGACCCUGGUCAUGGAUGCAUAUGAGCCUGAGAUAUCCAGGCUUCAUGACAGUCUUGCCACAGAAAGAAAAAUAAAAUAGCCACUUCUGAAAGCAGCCAUCUUUUGGCUGGAUCAUGCUGAAUUGAGGGGUGAGGGAGAAAGAAACAGAGAACUUAAUAUGGAUAAAGUAAGAAAUGUAAAAAAUGUCCGUUUUGUCUUAAAAUUUUAGUCCAUUCUGUAUAAAUAGAAUUUUCUAGCUCAGAUAUGAGAAGUUGUAGCUCUGAUCUAGCUGUAGCCUCUUUGGUCUGCUGAUUGCAUUGUUUUGAUUUGCUUUUCUGGAAAAGCAUUUUUGCUAAAAACCGUACAGACUUCCUCCUUCAUACCUAUCAGUACUUUAUAUAGUAUAGCUUUGUGCCAUGCAGCAUUUGAAGACUCAAGUUUUAAAAUUGUUAACCUGUUGCUGACUUUAUUGUUUUAAUUCCCAUUUCAACAGCUGUUUCCCUUAAUUCAGGAUACAAAUUCUUGUGUAUGACAGUUUUCCUUCACACACCAUUUUUGUGGGUGUGUAUAUAUCUGACUUGGGGAGAAUUGGGGAAAAAAAACCCACAGCUUUUUAAUUUGUUUAAAAGAGACUUUCUGCCUGUUACAUUUUGUGCUCUUAACCAAUUAAAAAAGCCAAUGGUAUUUUUAGUUUUAUUUUGUCUAUGUAUUCCACUAGUAUAUCCCUGUUGAUUUGUUUGUGCCCUUUAUCAACUGCCAUUUUCUAAAAUUUUUUUCAAUAAAAGGAAAGAAGAUGUGAAAAAA